AUGUCGGUUAGAACAUCUAGAAGAACCACAAAGGGUCAAAACAAAUACUUGGAAUCAAUACUGAAAGAAGAAUCCGAAGCGUCGAGUGCCGGCGGCACAGCUAUUGAGGGCAACGAAGAAGAAGAUGGCAUUGCAACUGUCAGGUGUUUAGUAUGUGGUACCACGGAUGCUAACUAUGACGAACUGACAGACCAAGGUGGUGAUAUGAUCCAGUGUGAUAAAUGCAAUACUUGGCAACACAUCAGAUGCAUGCUGGAUGUCAACAAGGCAGAUGAAGAUAUCAGCAAGUAUCUAACAGAAGAUGAUAAAUAUUUUUGUAACAGGUGUGACCCAACUAGAUAUCCACACUUGGAGACAAUAAAUAGGCAUGUGACUGAAAAUGUUGAUGAAGCUGAUGAUAAGUAUGCAGAUGAUAAUUACCACAGUGAUGCGGACCUCAAUAUAGCCGAUGAAAAUAACGGGCUCUCGGAUGAUGAGUUUUUAGAUCCUCGGUCAAAGAGAAAGCGGAGAUCUGUUCAAGGAAAUGGUCAGAACAAGAAAAAGACACCCCCGCAAAAGGUGGAGCCCUCUAAUAUAGCAAGGAGAAGCAGCCAGUCGAUUAAGGAGGAAAAAAUAAGGGACAAUGCGUCCAAGAUGUUUGUCAGUCUUUUCCAAAAAUAUAUCAUACCGGAAACCAUAGCUGGGAAAACUUUCGAAUUGCAGGAAAAUCAAGAUAUUGAGACCGUAGCUAAAGAGCUAGCUGUCCAACUGGAAAAGGAGUUGUAUAACGCAUGGUCGAAUCCGAACAGCGAUACAGUGGGGAAGUUCUACCCAGAGAGAGUGAGAACCAUUUAUUCAAACUUGAAGGAUAAGAAGAACUCGGAACUGAAGAGCCAAGUGGUCAAUAGACAGAUUCCCUUCGAUGAAUUAGUAAAAAUGGAUGCCUCCAAGCUGGCCAAUCCUGAUUUACAAAGUUUUAAACAGAAAGUGGACACUGAGUCCUUAAAUCAAGUGAUAUAUGAUAUGCCAAACAAACCAUUGUACAUGAAAACCUACAAGGGCGAUGAGAUGCAAGACUCGGAAUUCAACCACAACGAAGAAGAUACGCUGUAUGCUAGGGAUAACAUCACGCACACGUAUGGUGCAGAUGGCAAAGACGAAGAAGAUUACAACGAUGAGGAGGAGGACCCCGAAGAUUUCCACGUCCUUUUGCAAGCCAAAGUGGAAAAUGCAAAACAAGCAGACAGCGAGGCGAAAGACGAGGAGUAUAAUCCAGAGAUAAGAUCUCCCGAUGACGCUCACUCACCAUCACCGGAACCUGCGCUUCAAACUGGCUUAUCACCGCCCGCUCCGAUCUACUCUCACAAAGUUAAAAUACUGUAUCCAGAUAUAUCCAUAAAUCUGUCUGGCGAAUUGCAUUAUUUGGCUUCGACAAAGACCAACACUAAAAACCCUUAUAGAGAUGCAUUGGCUAAUGGCCAGCUUUUUGUCGAGGGUAGACUGUCUGUAGAUAAAGCAUCUGAUUAUCUAACCCAGCUGGGAGAGACGAGAAAUGUCCUGCUGUAUUAUAUGGAUGUCCCAACAUCCUACCCUGACAGGGAAUACUACAGUAAUUUAUGCGACGCAAUGGUAUUCAACAACAAAGUGCUUGGGGUGACGGUGAAAAGAUCGUAUGAGAAAAAUAUUUAUAUCUUGGGGGCGGACGCAGGUGAAGUUUCCCCGAUUAUUCAAUCUCUGUACGGGGAAGAAAAUGAAAAAUUGGAAAGGAUACAGUUUUCAGAGCAAAAGAUAUUUGUAUUGGUAGUCGUGAGGCCUGAGCUGGUUAAGUAA